GGCAAAGGUCUUGGAAAAGGAGGCGCUAAGCGUCACCGCAAAGUUCUCCGUGAUAACAUCCAGGGUAUUACUAAACCCGCCAUCCGCCGUUUGGCUCGCCGUGGCGGUGUGAAGCGUAUUUCCGGCUUGAUCUACGAGGAGACCCGCGGUGUGCUCAAGGUUUUCCUUGAGAACGUCAUCCGUGAUGCCGUCACCUACACCGAGCACGCCAAGAGAAAGACCGUCACCGCAAUGGACGUGGUGUACGCUCUGAAACGCCAGGGACGCACCCUUCCCACCACAGUUCGUGUUCGCUCCUCUCGUAACGCGAUGGCAAGAACCAAGCAGACCGCUCGUAAAUCCACCGGUGGUAAAGCGCCGAGGAAGCAGCUCGCCACUAAGGCUGCCCGCAAGAGCGCCCCGGCUACUGGCGGUGUGAAGAAACCUCACCGUUACAGGCCAGGUACCGUGGCUCUGCGUGAAAUCCGCCGUUAUCAGAAGUCCACUGAGCUGCUCAUCCGCAAGCUGCCCUUCCAGCGCCUGGUUAGAGAGAUCGCUCAGGACUUUAAGACCGAUCUGCGCUUCCAGAGUUCUGCCGUCAUGGCUCUGCAGGAGGCCAGUGAGGCUUACCUGGUCGGUCUGUUCGAGGACACCAACCUAGCAGUAACGAUGUCCGGAAGAGGAAAAGGCGGCAAAGGUCUUGGAAAAGGAGGCGCUAAGCGUCACCGCAAAGUUCUCCGUGAUAACAUCCAGGGUAUUACUAAACCCGCCAUCCGCCGUUUGGCUCGCCGUGGCGGUGUGAAGCGUAUUUCCGGCUUGAUCUACGAGGAGACCCGCGGUGUGCUCAAGGUUUUCCUUGAGAACGUCAUCCGUGAUGCCGUCACCUACACCGAGCACGCCAAGAGAAAGACCGUCACCGCAAUGGACGUGGUGUACGCUCUGAAACGCCAGGGACGCACCCUGUACGGAUUCGGGGGUUAAACGUUCAGACCUCCACACUAA